AUGCCUCCCAUCUACGUUAAAGGCGGCGUGUGGACAAACGUUGAAGAUGAAAUUCUCCGAGCAGCUAUCUCUAAAUAUGGCCUGAACCAGUGGGCUCGCGUAUCGUCGCUACUGGCGCGCAAGACUGCUAAACAGGCCAAGGCGCGUUGGACCGAAUGGCUCAACCCUACCAUCAAGAAGAUUGAGUGGUCGCGCGAUGAAGACGAAAAGCUGCUCCACUUGGCCAAAUUAAUGCCCACACAAUGGCGUACCAUUGCACCACUAGUAGGACGCACCGCCACACAAUGCAUUGAACGAUACCAGCAGUUGCUUGAAGAUGCAGAACAACAAAUCACAGGCAAAGAUCUGUCGUUAACUGGUCCCGGAGCAGAAGCCAGUGCUUCCAAACGCGUCAGAUUUGGUGAAGAUGCUACACCGGAAUCCAAACCUGCCAGACCAGAUGCUAUCGACAUGGAUGAAGACGAAAAGGAAAUGCUUUCUGAAGCUCGAGCGCGUCUGGCCAAUACUCAGGGUAAAAAGGCAAAACGCAAAGACCGUGAGCGACUGUUAGAACAAAGCAGACGUUUAGCAACACUUCAAAAACGACGCGAACUUAAACUUGCAGGCAUCAACACCAAGCUUGCAAAACGCGAUCGCAAAACAGUCGAUUAUAAUGCAGAUAUACCCUUUGAGCACAAACCUGCUCCAGGGUUUUAUGAUACCACUGAAGAAGAUAUUAUGAAUUUACGCGCAAAAGCCGGGUUUGAUCGUAAAACAAACAAGACUGGUGUGUUUAUGAGAGAGUCAGGCACCGAUAGCCAGGGUAAGAAACGAUACCGCGAUAAGGCGACGGAGAUUGCAGCAGCAGAACAAUCAGCACAAGCACGCGCACAACAUUUGGAAGAACUUAACCAAGCAGAUCAGCUAUCAAAACGACGAAGACUUGAGCUGCCGGCUCCUCAAGUUGAUGAUGCUGAAAUUGAACAGAUUGUCAAGUUUGGUACGCGUGGCGAUCGCAUGCAAAAAAUGUACAAUGGUGGUGAUGCUCAAGGGUUAGUUGGAGAGUAUGGAAGUGGGCUGGAAUCGAUGCGAACACCACAAAUGGCUCAAGACAGAGUGUUGGAGUCUGUACGAGAGAUCCAGGCUAUUUCUGAACAAGGUUCUGUUCUUGGUGGAGUUGAUGAUGUUUUACCUUUACCAAGACCAAGAAUGGGAGGGAGUAAAGAUGUAAGCGUUCCAAGAACACCAAACCCAUUGGCUUUAGGACCUGGAAUGACACCAAGACGAGACGCCUUGGGAUUUAACACUGGAGCUUCAUCUUCGCAAGAUCUAGGUCGGAGCUUGCUUCGGGCCAAGUUUAAGAGUCUACCCAAACCACUGAAUAAUUUUGAAAUUCUUGUUCCCGAAGAAAAAAGUAUUGAGAUUGAAACAGACAUUCUAAUUCCAGACCGUGGAGAACUGGAGGCAGAAGAAGAGCGGAGGAAACAAGAAGAACAUGAACAAGAACUUGCUGGGCGAUCACAAGUGCUGCGACGAAACCUCCCACGGCCAGUUGCAACAGUACUACCGAAAAUCAGCGAAGGUGAAUAUGCAGCCAUUGCUUACGAGAUUCAAAGAGAAAUGCAACGACUCAUUAUUUCAGAUAACGAAAAGUAUCCCGAAGUGGGAGAAGGUCAUGAUACAGAUUUACCAGUUCUUGAUGAAACACUCAAGGCCCAAGCGUUUGCGGAAAUUGAACAAGAGGUUAGCAAGGAUGCCGAGUUUAUACUUAAAACAAAUACACUUGCUGCCAGUCUUGAUGUGCCCUACGUGCUACCUGGAUUAGGACCGGACAAAAAGGAGUACACGGCAGCCAAAGAAGCACUUGCAGCAGCUCUUGUUUCUACUGCAACGGAGGCCAACGACGCCGAAAAGAAACUACAAAAGACAAUGGCUGGGUACAUGCGUCGGCAACAGGUAUUAUCGGACAAAAUGGCCCAAGCAUACACGGGGAUUGCAGAGCUUGCAGUCGAGCGUGCGUUGGAAGAAACUCUUCUGCAGAACGAAACGGUGGCCUUAAGUGCACGCCUAGGUCGACUCCAAGAAGAAGUCAAUUUUCUUACGGAUGCCGAGCGUCGUGGCCAGGAGCUUUAUCGCGAGUAUCAAAUGGUUUAG